AUCACUAGAAAUCCAUUGCAAAAUAUAUAAGAGCCGCAGUUUCUUGUUCUUUCUCACCUUCGUCACUGUUGGAAAACCAACUGGGAGGAGAUAUUUUGACCAGCAGAAUUCUCAGCCCUGAAAAGGAUCCUCACACAAACGAGAAACAAUAAGGAUGAAAUCACUGUGCUUAAUCUUGGGCCUUUUGGCCCUUGAAGCCUGUUUCCUGCCUGGUGAGAGUCAGAGAGGCCCCAGGAGACGAUAUCCACCACGACCAUUGCCUCCUCCUUUCCCUCCACAGCCUAAUCCUUUUGGCCCAGGAUUUGGUCCACCCCCUCCUCCUCCCCCUUAUGGCCCAGGGAGGAUUCCACCACCCCCUCCUCCUUCCCCUUAUGGCCCAGGUUAUCCAUAUCCACCUUUCCAACCUAACCCUAUAGAAUUCCCUGGAUACCCUCCCGAGUAUAUUACCUACUUAACCCCUGAAGUACAAUCUACUACAACAAGCUCUACCACAACCACAGAAAAACCCACCAGCCCUACAACUACUACUACCCAAGAUACAACCACUUAACCCAAGUAGUGCUACUUCACCCAAAGGCUUUUUUGUUAAAAUAGUUUCCAACUUGGGAUAAGGAUGAGAUAUUCCAGUAGUCCUAAACUGUGUAGAUAAAUAAACUUACAAAGAAACCAAAACAACUCACAUAAACAUUAGGCUAACAAAGUGAAAAUAAAGAGUUGAGCA